UGUGUGAUUAAUAGGUAUCUCGGGAUGUGAGAUAAGCCACCUUCAUGCAAUGUUUAACUAAGAGUAUUUCAUUCUCUCGCCGCGCGCUUCGCCCGGCGCCCAACAGAUGGCAGUCUCGUCCACGGCCUCCAGCCGCGCCACCCUCGCCUGGAUGAAGUAAAUGCCAGGUACUUCCACAAGCCUUCCGUUACGUGCUUCAUUAUGCUCUCCGAUGGCCACAAAUAAGAUAUUACACUCAUUUAUGGCAUGCCAGCACCCUCUGCGACCCUAACCCGAGUGCCUGACGGUAGUACCUAUCCAAGGCAUCGUGUCAGUGCCGUGCUCUUAAAAAAUCGUCGAGGUUUCAUCUGAUUUCAUGGAGCACCAGAUGGGCGGGGCCAUCAUAUGUAACGAGUGCGAUGAUUGGCUAUUACGACAAGUGACAUCAUCUGAAUUUCAAUAUCUCUUUUCAAUGUGAUUUUUCUCUGACAUGCCAUUUUUACAUUAGGGUAUUGGCGCGGCAUGAGCAGAUUGUUAGAAAGCGGGCUGAUACACGCGAGCAAGCAUUCAUGUGCAGUCUGUCAGAAAGUAGGCUGUCGACACACCCUUGGGCGACCACUUAGGCCCGGUAGUCGCGUGUUCCACCCAACCCUCUGCUGGCGAGGCCGGCCCGUCCCGUCCUCCUCCCGCUGACCACCUUCAUCAUCGCCCAGUGACCGCCCGGCAUUUUUGUGCGCCAGUCACGUUGAAGGAUAUAUUGGAAGUCAAGAGCGAAUAAGUUAACAAGGACAGAAGAGGACGUAAGGAGGCGCUAAGGAGGCGAGUUGUGGCCGCGACUAACUCAGACUCGGGGAAGAGGACUGACCACCUCUUCUUUGUGACUCUUGACCGCCCACGUGUCUUGUGCUUCGCGACUACUCCUGUCACCGCCCUCAAAGAAAACGGAGUGAACAUAUGUCCUUAGCGGAGAGCGAGUGUGAGUCAUCUGUCACUCGUCCUUCGCGCGCGGAAACAAUGGUGCUCUAACAGACGACGUGUCCCUUACUUGUGUUGCGGACCAAACACGAUCUUACCCACCAUCGAUUAGGACUUUCUCGAGGUGGGAUCUAAGCCUCCAUAGACACUCGUCCUCAACGCUCACCACCAUGUUCAACCUCUCGGAGCUGGGUACUCUGGAGACGCCCUCCGGGGCCUCACCUGCCACGUCUCUCACUUCGACCUCGGCCUCCAGCACCACCACGACCACGUCUAAGACUGAGGAUCACGUGAAGAGGCCCAUGAAUGCAUUUAUGGUCUGGUCAAGGAUACAGAGGAGGAAGAUUGCUCUCGAGAACCCCAAGAUGCACAACUCUGAGAUCUCCAAACGCCUGGGCGCGGAGUGGAAGCUGCUGACAGACUCCGAGAAGCGGCCGUUCAUCGACGAGGCGAAGCGACUCAGGGCGCAGCACAUGAGGGACUACCCGGACUACAAGUACCGCCCCCGGAGGAAGCCAAAGACGCUGAAGAAGGACGGCUACCCCUACAGCUUCCCCUACCUGCCCACGGCCCUCGACCCCCUCAGCGCCAUGUCACGAGGAAUGUACCCACACCACUUCCCGCCCGCCCUCACCCACAUGACGGCCGCUAUGGGGGGCAUGGGGGCGAUGGGGGGCAUGGGCGCCACCCUCCCCUCUCACACCCACUCGGACUACCAGGCCACGCUAGACUCGGAGAAGGUGCGGGCCGCCUUCCUCCCCACCUCCCUCAGUAGUUUGAGCGCCUUCCAGUCCCACGCCCUCUACACCUCAAUGGCGGCGGCCCAGCAGAACAGCCACGUACAGACGCCCACGUCCACGCCCACGCCCACGUCUCCAGAGAGCACCCCUACCCACACGGCGCUCUCCACCCCCCUCGCGGCGCCCGUGGCCAAGCAUGCACAGCCGCUGCAAGACGAGCGCCGCACCGCCUCCCCGCCGCCCGCCACCACCUCGAGCGCGUCGCCCCCGUACAUGCCGCCGUCACCCUUCUCUGCCCUCUACUCGGCCCCCAACUCCCUCGCCCCCGGCCACCCGCUUCUGUACCCCGCCCAGUACCCGCCGAUCACCACGCCCGCACAAGAUUUAAGGCGUCCACUCUCCGUCCUGUUCUCGUAGGCCUCCACAGAGUCCGGCUGAGCCAUCCUGCGCUAAGGGAGCUCGCUAUAUGCUGCAGCAGCCCACCAGCCCCCUACAGACCACAACAGGCGGACGAGUCAUCGCACCGGGAGAUCUUAUUCUAUUACUACGCUAUUCGCCGCCAGAGGACAUAGGAAACUCUUAUUCUGUUAUGAAGCAAACCAAAGCUAGAAAUGGUUCGGGAGAUGUUGAUCUUAUUGUUUUCUAUACCUCAAAUGAAAGACAACUUAAUUAAAGGCAUUAAAACAUGGACGCGUCACGCUCGUGUUACCCAGAGCCAUUAGUUCUUAGGCGUGUAUGAGCAACAUAUAUAUGGAAACUAAAGAGAAAAUUCGACAUUGUCUCUUAUAGUUUCGAAUGCCCAAUAAUAUUUUUUUUGUAAGGAAAUUUAUUUAUUCUUAAGACAAGUUGUUAUAUUCUCUUUUUUUUCUUCUUUUUUUUGCCAGAUCCAUUUUGAGGAUCAAAUUAUUUACCUCCAAAAAUGAGUGGAUAGGUUCAAGAAAUUACCGAGGUGAAAUCCAGAUGGCGCUGGCUGAUAACAGGAUAAGGUCUGUUUCAAAAGGAUGCUACAUGGUCAGCGUUCCCAAAAGGUCCGCCUAUCACGCCCAACACGCCGCCCCCCGCCGCGCCCCCUGCCGGCGGCCCUCACCCCUUCACCCACGCAGGCCCACCCCAUCAGGGACCAUAGAGCGGCUAAAUUAUAUCAUACCGUGCAUUAUUAUUUUUAUUAUUAUUAUUAUUAUUAUUAUUAUUAUUAUUAUUAUUAUUAUUAUUACCGGCAUCGCCAUCUUCAGCGCGGCCACUAUGUUUUAUGAUGCGAGUCUCCUGCAGGCGGCCCUGAGGCAGCACGUGGUGUACAUAGAAAUGUAAAUAAAGCGACCAACCCUCACCCUCACCUGCCCCCAACAGGAGGCUGUGAUGGACGCGCCGCCCCUGGGCACGUGGAUGCGCGCAGUGAAGUCUCGCAAUCUUGAAGUUAAUGCUUGUGGUGUGCAGGGACAGGCUGCAGCCCGGCACUGUAAUAAAAAAGUGUUUACUGAAAUGAGCCGAGGAAAUAAUGAAACACCACAAAAUUUGCUUAGGUUUCAGCUAUCGUUACUGCGUUAUGACUAGUAAAUUUUAUCAUAGAAGACGAUAAAUUAACGAUGGAAAUCAUUACCAUUAAAGUGAUGCACACGUGUCACUGCUUUUGGCUGGCAGCUCGUAAGCCCAAAACUCUCAUAUCUGCCUCGGUCACAGCAAGUUUGUAUUUAUCAAGGACGCACUCCUAACACAAUUUUCACAUUUCCUCUGAGAUUUAAAUGACCAAAAGAUAAGAUGAGGCUGAGCUAUGGCGGACCCUCCUAAGCCAAUGUCAUCUUCCCCGCGCAGCCUCCUGGACGCCGCUCACGCCCAGCAUCACUACAGGUUCAUGCGAUCAUAAGGUCGCUGAUAUGGGAUCCAAGCGUCCCCCGAAGCGAUUCACUGCUUUCCUUAAUACAUUCAGUUUUCCAAAUUAUUACAGUGUUGGCGUAAUCAGUCCCUACAUUUAAUUAGGAAUAAAAGUCUAAAAUUACCUACUAUAGUAUCGAUUUUUCAGACCAAAUUUCAAAAUGUUAGAAAUCUGCCAUUAUUCUCCAAAGGCAUUUUUAUACGGAGGAAGGAUGCACAUAUCCAACCAGCUACUUAAUGUGUGUGUGUGUGUGUGUGUGUGUGUGUGUGUGUGUGUGUGUGUGUGUGUGUGUGUGGUGUGUGUGUGUGUGUGUGUGUGUGUGUGUGUGUGUGUGUGUUUAAUUUAACUGAACUUCAUGUCUUCGUAUAAAAAACAUUCCUGUUGUUCAAAUAUAUAUCUAUUGCAAGUUUAAGUUAGGCGUUUGUAAAGUGUCUGCCAAUUUUAAAUGUUCGAUAUAUCGGGUUGUUUUUUUUCAUAACUGAUUAUUUUUCGGAUCAUUUCUGUCCACGUCUACGUUAUAAUCCGCAUUCUUUCCACCGCUGAGGCAAGGCCGUAGUUCUGCAACUGACGCCGGGUCCCUAGCGUGGCCAGAUCGUGAGUCACGCUCAGUACACAGUCUGAGACACAGAUGCUCCGGGGUUCCAGAGUCUCGCUUCAAGUUUAGUCAAGCUUGGUAACCCUGAGUGAUGUACAGCAAUGGACUUCUUCCCGGUUGAUAUACUUGACUAAUGGAAGUUCGCAGAAUAUUAAAGACUUGGAUGAAUACUUUGAUAUUGACGGUUAACGAUGGUUUUCAUUUACGAUGUGGAAACCUCACCUUGAAAUAAUAUGUAAUCAGUGUGGGUUGACGAAUAAGUAUACGGUGUCGUUGAGAUGAUUUUCUUGUUAAUCACAAUCAUACAUACUACGCUAAUAAUGAGUGUCUCAGUUCGUUGAUAACCUACCCCAGCGUAGUCGGGCAAGUGAACCAUUGAUACUGCAUACCAUAAUGUUCCCUUCUCAAAACACAUAAUGCACAUAAAUAAGAAGUAGAUUAAACCAUGCAAGAAAAUACUGUGGAAAUGAGAAUGUCCACGAAUGUGAGGAAAUAGCUGGCAACACAGAACGGUAAACGGUAAAAAGAAAAUGUGUUUCAAAAGUUGACCAGCCGUUCCACCUGUACACCAAUGUUUCAAGACGCGUGGACUGCCGGCUCGAUCUCUCAGAGAGGGUUCCUGCCGUUCAGGGAAGGCAUAUGUGUCUCCGAGUGUGUACUGGCGUGCCUGUUUUGUCCUUGGUGAGCAGUUAUGUUACAGACGUGUACAUAGACUCCUGUUAGCGGUGAUCCCAGGGGGAGGAGAUGAGGGGUGCAGCGCCCCCUCCAACACCCCCGCUGUCAGUCUGGCAGAUUUAAGAUGUUAUUUGAUGUCUAGUCUCAAUUUCCUAAAAAGUGGAAUAAUGGUGUAUAUAGUUACGAGUUACGAGUCUCCUCGGAGUGUUUUCUGCCAAGCAAGUGUCGUGUGUAGCGUAGUCCGGUGUACAGUCAGCGUCGCGGCGGCCGCCCCGCCGUUACAGCAGACUAGAAAAUUCUAGGGGCGCAGAGGAACCUGACUGUAUAGUGCUGAAUCUUAAUAUAGUGUUAUAUUUGUACUUAAUUGUCCUGUGACGGACCCAUGAGGCAGCAGCGAGGCAGUGACGCAGCGGACGGGAGGAGUCGCAUCUCUUCAGUGGGCCACAGCCAUGACUGCUACACGCUCAUAUGUUUUUUUUUUUUACAUGAUAUUCCUCAUCGCGUGUUACGUACGCCCCAUCAAAAUACAGUGGAACGUAUAGGCAUUAAGGUGCUGAGUAAUGCUACAUCGUGGUACAUUCAAAGCAUUUCUUACAGACUAUCUCUGGCUGAAUACAUUAAUUAAGCACGUAAGUUUUGUUGUAAUAUAUAUA